UUCUUUUCCUGGGAGUGGAUCUAAAAUAUUCUAAGCCCAGAGUUGUGGAAGUAGGCUGUGCGAGGAGGGCAAGAUUCCUAGAAGCUUCCACUCUCAACCUGCCACAGGGGAUUGACUUGGGACUGUGGGAGAUCUUUCCUAUGGUUAAUACCUCAACCUCCAGUCUGAUCCCAAGUUUAAAGAUACUUGACUUAAAGCCUACCUAGCAGAUGUUGCUACCUCCCUAGGAGAACCCGAGGGUCACAUUGUUCCCUGCCACCCCUUCCUGUCUUGUCACCCAGUAAGCCUGAGACCCACUGACUCCUAAAGUGCUGAGAGUCAGGGACUCCAGUGGGCCUGCUUUCAGUUAGGGAUUGGCCCCAAUACCAGAAAGGGCACCAGGGGAUUAAGUUAAAGAGACGGCCAGUUUGUGAGUGGAGGACAAAACUAACUUUCGGCCUGGGGUUACCCCUGCUACAGCAGGUUGUGGCUGGGGAGAAGGCUUAGCCCUAUCUGUGGAGAUGGCAUAGGGGAGAAAUGAAUGCAUACCCGGAAGAAUUUGUUUCUUGCCUUCUCAGGUCUCUGGACUGACUGGUCCAGGAGAGGCCACAAUGUGUGUGGCAGACAGCUAGUUGAUGGAUAUCUGUAACAAGACGAUGGCACCUCAAUCAUUGCAUCCAAGCUCUGGGGCACAAAUCUAGACUGGAGGGUGGGAGAGAGACCCUAAUGCCUCUGGUACUACAAAUUCAAAAUGUCUCUGGGUCGUGGCCGCCUUCGAAAAUGGACCUGGUAUCUUGAGCCUUUCAUCACAAUGUCUAAUCAAGAACCCUGUCAAAAGUGGAGUACUCUGUCCAGCCUUGGGCCUAUACCUCCCCAGGAAACUAUCAGAAUUCCUAAACAUCUACAAAUCAAACUCUAGGAAAGUGCCUUAGAGCCUCGCCCUGGAAAGGAGGGAGAAGCUCCAGUUGUUGAGCCUGGGAAAGGGCCUAGUCCCCACUGUCAGAGCUGAUGGUCCCACCUGAUUAUCAGAGCAGCCUUGCAGCAGAAUGAGAUACCCAGGGAAGGUCCCUAUCCCAAGAGAAGGCCUGCCCCACAGAAGGUAGCUAGCACAGAGCAAAAGGCUUCAUAAGGCACCCCUGCAACAACCAGAUAAGGGUUAUAACUCAGUUUAUGUUUCAAAUACAGAGCAGGACUUGAGGGUUGAAAUCCCCAGACCAGGAGCAGGAAAUUCUUCAAGAUGUAAGGGGCAUUAAACUUAGCAGCUUGCUCCCACCCUAGGCAGUUCCCAGCUUUCAGGAAAUGAGAGAAGGAGUUGUUUUGCAUUGGGAGAUGAGAGGAAGAGGGAAUGAAGGCUGAGUAUGGGAUUAGGAGAGAAGGGACAGGAAGGAGAUGGGAGGUUUGGGCUUUAGCAAGAGGAUGGGAUACAGAGGGUGUAGGGGUUGUUGACGGGUAUCACUGGACCUGAGUGGGGAAGGGGUAUGUUCCUCCAGACCCACUGUGGAGAGAGGCUGGAAUUUGAACAGAACAAAAGAGAGGUAAUUGAAUUCUUGAGUCUGAUGUCUUAAUAAGCCAGGGACUGUCUGGAAACCUCAGGCCCCUUUUGGCAACAGGCUAGCAUUUCUGGGACAAGAUUAGGCAAACGCAGAAAGAUAAAAUUUCUUGGGGUUUUUUUUUACCUGUUAAUAGCAGCAACCUAACACCGAAAAAAUUUUAUCUUCCCUCAUCUACCCUUCUUAUCCGCCCCACCCUUCCUCAGUUUCAUCUUCCUAGGGAAAGCAGUUCCCACCUUAGCAUCUCAAAAGAACUCCCAAUACUACCAAAAAAAGGCCUUUUCCAGCUUCUCUGAACUGAACUGGUCCCUGCCACAACACCUCCUCAGCCAGAAAGAAGGGCCUACUUUAGGGACCCAUUCCUAUCAAUUCUUCCCGAUAAGAGAAGCAGGCUAGGGCAGGAAGUGGGGAGGGGAAAAAUGAAGGCAAUUUGGUGCUGGCUUGCCCUCUGCUCCCAUCCCACCGACAACUCCCCCAUCAGAAUGUAUGUGUGCUAGUAUGAUUGUAUGACUGGAUGAUUAUAAAAACACAACUGUAUGGGAGCAGGACUUUUGAAUAAAAUUGGGGCUGCAUGAUUCUGUCUAUGGUUGUCUGACCAUGUGUGGUUGAUUGAGUGAUGGAGGUGUGACUGCGAAUGUGUAAUUAUGGGUAUGAGUGUGAAUGUCCAUCAUUGGAUGCCGCUGAGGAUGCUUGUCUACCCUUACUCAGUUAUUGUACCAUCAGUCCUUGCAUCAUGCACUAACCCUCUCCCCAGCUUCUCUUCCCCGGGCUUAGGAGCCCAUGGGAAAUGACAGUCUUAGCAGAGGAAGGGGUCUAUGGCACAGGGGUCUGUGGCAACUAGGACCCAGGAGUGUCACAGGAUGAGUAACACAUCUUUAUCUGCCUCUGACUCACUUGGUGCCCCAAGCGAAAGUCACCCAAAUAAAAGGUAGGGGAGAAGGAGGAGAGAGAAAGAAGUAUCCAGGCUGAUCAGCAUGAAGGGGCCCUCACCCACCAUUAGCCUCCUGCUGCUACUGUUGCUUCUGAGCCUAGACCCUGGAGCAGCGGCGCUACUGCCACCCAGCACCACCUGCUGUACUCAGCUCUACCGAGAGCCACUCUCAAACAAGCUACUAAAGAAAGUCAUCCGAGUGGAACUGCAAGAGGCUGAUGGGGACUGUCACCUACAGGCUUUUGUGCUUCACCUGUCUCGACGCAGCGUCUGCAUCCACCCCCAGAACCGCAGCCUGGGUCGGUGGUUUCAGCACCAAGGGAGGAAGCAUCAGGAGACACUGCCCAACCUGAAGUUUUGGCUGAUAGGGAAAAUGGGCAGGGACUCCCAAUAGCCAAAAUAAUAAAGCAUUAUUGAACAACAGU